UUACUAUUGAUACUACCUCUGCAUACUGUUUACUAUUCAAAAUCUGGCAAUAGCUUCUCACGUAACUAUGACAACAAACUGUAAAAUAUUUAUAAACCUAAAUAUAAGGAAAUAUACUAUCAUUCAAGAAAGCCGCUAUAUUUUUUGCAGCAAUCUGUGUCUACUCAAAAUGUUCGAUAAUACUAUAGAUUUAGCUGGUAACGAUCUUAUAUGGCGAAAUAAGCCUGAUCUUCCUGUUGCAAAUGAAGAAAACAGGAAACUAGAAGAAACACUGAGGGAAAAAAAGAUUGAAAUUGAAAAGCUGAAAGUAAUACUUGAGAAUAACAUAAACAAAGGCAAGAAUAUGCGAGAGCAUUUAAGCGACUUAUGUCAAACACUUAGUUAUAAACAGCAAUUGUCUAAAUCAAAAGAGCACGAGUUGGAAAUGGAAAUUCAUACUCAGAAAUUAUUAGAAAGAGAAUGCAGCCGUCUCGAACAAGAAAUGAAAGCAAUGAAGAGGGAAAUCAGUUCUUUGCAAGAAAGGCAAAAAAAUAGAGAGGCAGCUAUUGCUGAACAAACUGAAAAAAGUGAAAAACUGAAAUUAGCGACACAGAUGGAUGAAGAGGCUUUGUUGCAUUACCUUGAAAAGUCUGCACAAAUGGAAAAAGACAACAUGGCACUUUUAAAAUAUACUAGUGAAGAUGACAGCAAAAUAAGUGAGCUUGGUUUAUUGAUUGAAAGACUGAGUAAAGAAUCUCAUGAAAUGAAAAAUGCUCUUGAUGAAGCAAAUACGGAAGCGUUUAUUGUUCAAUGUGAGCUUGAUCGGAUACAAGAGGAGUUCCGAAAUGCUUAUAACGAGAGAAACAACUUGAUCAAUAACUGGGAAAAAGUCAUAAAUCAAAUUCGUCACCGGAAAGAAGAAAUUCAAAAGUUAUCCGAAUUCAUCAUUAAGACGAGAGAUGAACAAACUCAGCUUAAACAAACUCUUAAGGAGCAGAUGCAACUAUUGGCCAUAGAAUGUUCUCAUAACGAAGAUUUAGAACGCAAGAUACGAGAAAAAGAUAGUUUGGCCACUAAAUUACGCAAUGAAGCCAGAGAAAUGCUUGCUCGUGAGGAAGACUUAAAAGCUGAGCUGUCAACUAUCAGGAAUACUUCAAACUAUUUGCUUUAUCAGAAACAAAUCACAGAAAAUAAUUUGAAACAACUUGAGAAGCAACUUGAUCAAAAAUGUCAAAGACUGGAAGAAAUAAGACAGAAUAAUCAGAAACUUGAAAAUGACAUCGAAAAUUUAUCUAAGGAAAAAUUUGAUGCUGAUCACUAUGUUAAGGAACUGGAUGUUUUGCUGCAGAGAGAAAAUGACAGAAAUCUCAAAAUUCAAAAAGACAUCUCGAAUAUCGUGAAAGAAAUAUUGAUUUAUGCUCAAGACCUAAAUGAUCUGAAAGCAAAAGAAAAAGCCAUGGAAUCAGAUAUGAAGAAUUUGCAAGCUGAAGUAAGAAAUUUAAAUUCCAAAAUAAAUGCCUUAGAUAGAGUGAGGACUAAACAAGAAAGUGAUAUGUAUGAGAUAGAAUCAAAUCUUGAAAAGCUGAAGCAGAGAGUAAAGAAAAUGGCUGGAGAAACAACAAGUGAAGAUGAGAAACGUCAGAUUGAAAUAGAACGUUCUCGCCUUUUAACUAUUUUAGAUGAAAAGAAAAAAUCUUUACACAUGUUAACAGAAGAGUUAAAAAUCAUGAUGGAUAAAAUAAAUGUGGCCAUCAAAGAUCUAGAGACAAAUAAGAGAGAGAAUUCCAAGUUAACAGAAAAAAUUAAAUAUCUUGAUUUCUACAUCUCAAAUUCACAGAAAACGCUAAAAUGUUGUAUUUCAAGAAAAGAGGAAUUGCUUGUCCAAGAAUGUCUGAUAAAAUUUCAGAUGAAAAGAUAUCAGAAGUUAUUAAAUGAUAGAAAUAAGUCUGUUGUUUCCCUCAAGAAGAGCAAAACUGAGUUCGAAAUAAUGAUGAAAGAUAGAACUGAAGAAUUAAAAAAUUGCAACGAUUUACUUGACGCAGAGAUCCGCACUGAAGAAGAAGAACGCCGAAUGGUAAAACGUAAAUUCCAAGAAUGUGAUGAUAAAGUUUUGAAGCUUCAGUCCAAGUAUAAAAUCCUUUUGGAUGCUUUGGGAGUAUCCGAACCUGGAGAAAGCGCUGAAGCUGAAAUGCUGAUUAAAGCUGAAGAAGAAAAAAAAGAUCUCCAAUAUGAAAGAGAUAAGAUGAUAUCCGUUGUUUUAAAAAAUGAAGAAGAGCUUACAGCUUUAAAGAAUACUCUGUGGCUAAUCGAUGCUGCCAAUGAGCAAUUUCGUCAAGCAUUAUACCCGCCUGGAAUAAGCUCAGAAGAUAAUGAAUUGCUGAAAAAUACAGAGAGAGAGAAGCAAAGUCUUGCUGUUCAAAUGCAUUUACAUAAAACUCAUCUCAGAUCGCUAGAAGACGAUGUUAAAAGUAUGCAAGAAAAAGUGGAUGAGAAACAGAACUUUUCAAAGGAGUUGCAAGAUAUUAUAGCUGAUCGUGAAGCAGAAAAUAGCACAAUUUCAAAAGAAAUAUCAGAUCUUCAUACCAAAAUUCAGAGGGCAGACAGGUGCAAUUCUCGUUUAAGUUUAGAUGUAAGAAAUAAACCCGACCAUUCUGGAAUAGAAGAGGAUAUCAGAAUACACCUGCUCAGAGAAAUAAGAAGAACUGUAAGUGAUUUACUGUUUACUACAAUCGACUCAAAGCCAGCUAUUUCGGCUAAAGUGCAUGAAUUGUUCCAACAGGCUGAAAUACCAAUUCCAAGCAGAGCUAGACUAACUUCAUCUUCAAGAUCCAGCUCUGUUACAAGUUUACAUUCUAGAACUUCAUCUAAAGCAUCUACGCCAAACAACAGAGCAAGUUUAUCAAGCAACUCCAGCCCUAAGGGAAGUGGACGCAGUUCUAGAACUGAAACAAUUUCACCAUCUGUAGUAAUGUUAGGAAGUGGCUCCUUAGGUGACCUGAAGAAGUAAAAAGUAAUAACCUUCAGACAAUCUCCUUUAUUCUAUCAAAGUAAAACUGCAGUUAUGUAUUUACCUGUAAAAAUUGCCAACCUAAACAGAAACAAAUUUUUAUUAUUUCAUAUUUUUGUACUUUACAUAAUUUUGUAUUAUUUUAACAAAAAAAAAAAAAAAAAAAAAAAAAAA